AUGCCCUCCCAAAACCAUUUGUACGCCACUACAACGGCUCUUCCAACGUCCAACCCGGAAGCGUUUUUAAAGCCCUCGCCUCUUCUAUACUCCGACUCAGUGGCUGCAGCAAAAAGUUACCUUGACUCCCUUACACGGGAUUUAAGACAAGAACAGCAACGUGGGCAGAAGAGAAAGCAGCGCACCCCGGGCCCCCAGGUUCCGCAGCUCCAUGUGAACGGCUUCAGCCACAGUCAGAUAUGGGAGCAAGCGAAGCGUAUAUUAGAUUCAGCGUUGACUAUAUCCUCUAGGGACUUGAACAGAUUCAAUGCGCAAAGUACUGUUCCUUCUAGGUCCGUCAAACGAAAGUCCCCGGAUGACAACUCAGACAGUAUGAGUGAUGCUAUAGAGGCAGGAGAAAGUGAGGAGGAAAGUGAAGAUGACGGAGGCGAAAUGCUAGAACUAGAUUCUGAGGAGGAGGAGGAGCAGGAGGAGGAGGAAGCUGAUAUUGAUGAGAACGGCAACAAAGGACCACCCGAUGAGGAAGACGAGGAUGAGACGAUGGAAGGAGACGAGUCUCCACGCCCCAGCAAAAAGAAGAAAACCGACCCCCAUGGCCUAAAUGAUGGCUUUUUCUCAUUAGAGGAAUUUAACAAACAAUCAGCUUUUUUUGAGAAUCAGGAUGCUAGACGUCCACACACCGAAGCGGCCAGUGAUGAAGAGGAUAUUGACUGGGACGCAGACCCCCUUACACUUCAGGAUAUACCCGACAAGGAGUCUGCAGAUCAAGAGGAAGAUGAUAUGGAUGACGAUGAGGAGGAUCUUGACAUGGGAAUGGUGGAUGCCGACUCUAACGCGGAGGAUGACGAUAUGGAGUUAAGUGGUAAUGACGGCCGCCAGGCUCGAUAUGAGGACUUCUUCGACCCUCCGCCGAAUGUUAAGAAAACAAAAUCAAAACCUGCGCAGACCCAGGAGGAUAUAGAUGCCGACAUCGACCGAGCGAUGGCAAAUGUACGGAGAGACUUGUUUGAUGACGACGACAUGAGCGGAGAAGAUGACGGUUCCGAUGGCGAAAAGUCGAAGAACAUGUCUAGCCAUGAAAAGAGACGAGCACAGAUUGCAGAUGAGAUCCGUCGGCUGGAAGCUGCCAAUGUCGCAAAGAAAGACUGGACAUUGAUGGGAGAAGCGCAAAGCAAUGCAAGACCAUUCAACUCGCUCAUUGAAGAAGACCUGGACUUUGAACGUGUUGGAAAACCGGUGCCCAUAAUCACGACGGAGGUCAGCAACGACAUCGAAUCACUCAUCAAACGUAGAAUCAUCACCAAGGAAUUCGACGACAUCAUCCGUCGUCGGCCGCUGGCUAUCGGCGAAGGGGGAGCCGUUAAACGGAGGGUUGAACUAGACGAGACGAAGCCACAGCACAGUUUGGCAGAGCUGUAUGAACAGGACCACCUGCGUUCGACUGACCCUGCAUUCAUCGAUAAGGGGGCAGAGAAGCUACGAAAGGAGCACCAGGAGGUUAUCCAGCUAUGGGAAGAGAUCAGUUCCCAGCUAGAUACCCUGUCCAACUGGCACUUUAAACCCAAAAAGCCCCAGGUCGACCUUAACGUGGUGUCUAACGUGGAUACUAUAUUCAUGGAAGACGCUCAGCCAACUACUCGCGCUGACUCGGGUGCUGCAUCCGGAAACAUGGCUCCUCACGAGAUCUAUAAUCCCGGAGAAACGAGAACACCUGGUGAGAUCAAACUGAAGAGCGGUGCAUCGCUAGCCAAAGACGAGCUGAGCAAGGAAGCCAAACUCCGGCACCGCCGACGCCGCGAGGCACUGAAGAAGAGGAAGAGAGAGUCACAAGCGGCUGCUAGCAAGCCUGACUCUGCAUCUUCACAGAAGAAACAAUUAGUGUCCAGCUUGAAGAAGGGAGGAGUCAAGGUCAUCGGGAAGGGCGGUAACUUGACCGAUGUUCAGGGGAACAAAGUCCAGGACACCGCACCCAAGGGCCGUGAGAACCUGAAACUGUGA